UCAAAGGGGGGCGUGUGGCGGAAUACCGAGGAUGAAAUUCUGAAAGCAGCGGUAAUGAAAUAUGGGAAAAACCAGUGGUCUAGGAUUGCCUCACUGCUGCAUAGAAAAUCAGCAAAGCAGUGCAAAGCCAGAUGGUAUGAGUGGCUAGAUCCAAGCAUUAAAAAAACAGAAUGGUCCAGAGAAGAAGAGGAGAAGCUUUUGCACUUGGCCAAGUUGAUGCCAACGCAGUGGAGGACCAUCGCGCCCAUCAUUGGAAGGACAGCAGCCCAGUGUUUGGAGCACUACGAGUUUCUCCUGGACAAAACUGCCCAGAGAGACAAUGAAGAGGAAACCACAGACGAUCCACGAAAGCUUAAACCUGGAGAAAUAGAUCCAAAUCCAGAGACAAAACCAGCUCGGCCUGAUCCAAUCGAUAUGGAUGAGGAUGAACUUGAAAUGCUUUCUGAAGCUAGAGCUCGCUUGGCUAAUACUCAGGGAAAGAAGGCCAAGAGAAAAGCAAGAGAGAAACAGCUGGAAGAAGCAAGACGUCUUGCUGCCCUUCAAAAAAGAAGAGAACUUCGAGCAGCUGGUAUAGAAAUUCAGAAGAAAAGAAAAAAGAAGAGAGGUGUUGAUUAUAAUGCUGAGAUUCCAUUUGAAAAAAAGCCUGCUCUUGGUUUUUAUGAUACUUCAGAGGAAAACUACCAGGCUCUUGAUGCAGAUUUCAGGAAACUAAGACAACAGGAUCUCGAUGGGGAGCUAAGAUCUGAAAAAGAAGGAAGAGAUAGGAAAAAAGACAAACAGCACUUGAAAAGAAAAAAGGAAUCUGAUUUACCAUCAGCAAUUCUUCAGACUAGUGGUGUUUCUGAGUUUACUAAAAAGAGAAGCAAACUGGUACUUCCUGCCCCUCAGAUUUCAGAUGCGGAGCUCCAGGAAGUUGUAAAAGUAGGCCAAGCAAGUGAGAUCGCACGUCAGACUGCUGAGGAGUCUGGCAUAACAAACUCUGCAUCCAGCACUCUCUUGUCUGAGUACAAUGUCACCAACAACAGCAUUGCUCUUAGGACCCCACGAACACCAGCAUCGCAGGACAGAAUUCUGCAGGAGGCCCAGAACCUCAUGGCCCUGACCAAUGUGGACACCCCAUUAAAAGGUGGACUGAAUACCCCAUUGCACGAGAGUGACUUCUCUGGUGUGACUCCACAGCGGCAAGUGGUGCAGACUCCCAACACAGUUCUUUCUACCCCAUUCAGGACGCCUUCUAACGGAGCUGAGGGGCUGACUCCCCGGAGUGGAACCACCCCCAAGCCUGUGACGAACUCCACCCCUGGUAGAACUCCGCUUAGAGAUAAGUUAAACAUUAACCCAGAGGAUGGAAUGGCGGACUACAGUGAUCCCUCUUACGUGAAGCAGAUGGAAAGAGAAUCUCGUGAGCAUCUCCGCUUAGGAUUGAUGGGCCUUCCUGCCCCUAAGAAUGAUUUUGAAAUUGUUCUACCAGAAAAUGCGGAGAAGGAGCUGGAGGAGCGUGAGGCAGAUGACGCGUACAUCGAGGAUGCCGCAGAUGCGGACGCGCGGAAGCAGGCCAUUCGAGAAGCUGAGCGGGUGAAAGAAAUGAAGCGAAUGCACAAAGCUGUUCAGAAAGAUUUGCCAAGACCAUCUGAAGUAAAUGAAACUAUUCUAAGGCCCUUAAAUGUAGAACCACCUCUGACAGAUUUGCAGAAAAGUGAAGAACUAAUCAAAAAGGAAAUGAUUACAAUGCUUCAUUAUGAUCUUCUGCACCAUCCCUACGAACCCUCUGGAAAUAAGAAAGGAAAAACUGCAGGAUUUGGUACAAACAAUGCAGAACACAUUACUUAUUUAGAGCAUAGCCCUUAUGAGAAGUUCUCCAAAGAAGAGCUGAAGAAGGCCCAGGAAGUUCUGAUACAAGAGAUGGAAGUGGUCAAACAAGGAAUGAGCCACGGUGAGCUCUCCAGUGAAGCUUACAACCAGGUGUGGGAAGAGUGCUACAGUCAAGUUUUGUAUCUUCCCGGGCAGAGCCGCUACACACGGGCUAAUCUAGCCAGCAAAAAGGAUAGAAUUGAAUCACUUGAAAAAAGGCUUGAGAUAAACAGAGGUCACAUGACGACUGAAGCCAAGAGAGCUGCAAAGAUGGAAAAGAAGAUGAAGAUUUUGCUUGGAGGUUACCAGUCUCGGGCCAUGGGCCUCAUGAAACAGUUGAAUGACUUAUGGGACCAAAUUGAGCAGGCUCACUUGGAGUUACGCACUUUUGAAGAACUCAAGAAACACGAAGAUUCUGCAAUUCCACGGAGACUGGAGUGUCUUAAAGAAGAUGUGCAGCGGCAGCAGGAGAGAGAAAAGGAGCUUCAGCAGAGGUACGCAGACCUGCUGCUGGAGAAGGAGACAUUGCAGUCCAAGUUCUGAACCCUCUUCGUGUCUCUCACCAGAUGAAAUCACCACUGGUUUCCCUAUCUGCGAGGCUGAAACGGAUGCUUGUCUUCAUUGGCAGAUGUACCCACCAUCUGUGGUUUUUCUGUUGUUUAUUUUAAAUCAAUCUUGCACAUUUGGUGUAAGGACUUUUAACUCCACAGGACAGACCAGGGUUUAAAUUAUUAAGAUGAGCAUUCUUUUACAGUGUCAUCGUCGUGUUUUUUAGUUUUGGCCUUUCAUUAAGAACGCCUGACUGAAGUGCUGCCUGUGAGUUAACCCCUUGAAUAAAGAGAAAAAUGUGAAACCGGAGAGUGUAGCCUUUUGUUGAAGUUAGAAGUCAGAAGCUGUCCACCCAGCAGCUGCUGCUCUCGGGUCACAGGGUGGCUCUCGGGGGUCAGCUGACACCUAGUGUGCGUCCUCCAGAAGCGUGGG